CCCCCCUCUGCCCCCGUCUCCGACCCCCGGCGCACCUGGAUCUCCUUCGUUCAGCGCCCGAGCGCCGGCGGCCGCCGCAACUGCCGGAAAAAGGACAAAAAAUGGUCUCCGCUGUCCCCAGAUCAGUCCCCAUUGUCCCCAAUGUCCCCAGAACUGUCCCCAUUGUCCCCUCCCCGCCUGGUUCUGGGGUUCCACUGUCGCCUCAGGGGUUCCGUUCUGGUGGAGAAGAAAACGCGGACGGAGCUGAGCAACUUCCAGAGGGGUUCCUUUUUGCGGGGUUCGGGGCUGGAUUUGCUCUCGGGCCGGUUCACGGCGCCCGUGGGUGGCAUUUACCAGUUCAUGGCCAACGUCCACCUGGAUCCCAGUGAGCUGAAGAACAGAUCCGCUCUGCGUUCCCGGGGCACUGUUCGGGUUCUGAUCUGCAUCGAUUCCCUCUGCCAGCGCCACACGUGA